AUGGCGCCCAAAUCACUUCAAACUGGUCUCUUCCUCUUUGCUCAGCUGAACAUGGCCUGGGGAAUGGCUUUGGUCCCGCGUCAGGUCACUUGUGACUUUGAAUGGGCUGCGAGCUCGGGGGAUACAUGCACGUCCUUCGCCGCUGAAUGGGGUUUGACCGAGGCGUCCUUUGAGUCUCUGAACCCGUCUGUCGUCUGCCCGACCCUUGUGGCUGCUCAGGACUACUGCGUGGUUGGCACUGUUUCAGCUGCUGCGACGACGAGCUCUUCAUCUUCCUCUACCUCGUCUUCCACUACUAGCUCGUCAUCUACUACCUCGUCUUCUACUACUUCCUCGACGUCCACUGUUUCUACGACUUUCACUACUUCUACGGCCACGAAGACCACGACCACUGCCAGCGUAACUACUGCCGGCAACGGGAUCACCACGCCCACCCCUUUUCAAUCUGGCAUGAUUGACUCGUGCAGCGCGUUCUACCUCGUUCAAUCUGGUGACAUCUGCCAGUCCAUUGCCACCGAAUACAACAUCGACCUCUCCAGCUUCUACUCCUGGAACCCAGCCGUCGGCUCAUCUUGCGCCAACCUCGAUGUAGGCGACUACGUGUGCGUUGACUCUGUGCCCACUCCCGUUCAAUCCGGUAUCGCCGCGUCGUGCAGCAAAUUCGACCUCGUGGAAUCCGGUGACACCUGCCAGGGCAUUGCCACCGAAUAUAGCAUCGACCUAUCCAGCUUCUAUGCCUGGAACCCGGCCGUUGGUUCGUCCUGCGCCUAUCUUGACCUGGGAUAUUAUGUCUGCGUCGGCAUUAAUAGUUCCGCUUCCGCUUCCACUUCCACUGUGGCUACCACGACCACCUCGACUGGCAAUGGUAUCGUGACGCCGACGCCUGAUGAGCCGGGCAUGGUAAGCGACUGCACUACCUUCUGGCUUGUUGGCUCGGGUGACACGUGCGCGACCAUUGCUAGCAGUGAGGGCAUUACAGUGGCUGAUAUCGUAGCGUGGAAUUCGAAUGUGGGAUCCACCUGCGCGGAUGUCUGGCUUGGCGAUUACAUCUGUGUGGGUGUAUAG